AUGAACAACUCAUUCAGCUCUUUCGACUCGACGGCCGAUGCCUCUGGGCCUGUACAGUCUCCCGAGCCUCUGGCUGGAGACCACUGUGAGAUCGUCUUCGAGCAGGUUGCGUCCGCCUUCAAGGACCUUGCUCGCGCCAGAGCGGCAGCAGACCCACGGCCAAUCUCUCGCAAGCAGAAGCAGCGAGAUGCCUCAAUUGCCCUCUACCUCGAGCGUCUACGGGAUACCUGCAACGAGGCAGUGGCAGCUCUCAACUCUAGCGCCGACGAUACUACCGCUGGACCUGCCGCCUGGGCCAUGUCCUCCCAGCGCAGCUCGUCUGGAGGCAGCACUUUCUCUACCAGCAAUGGCUUAUCCUCCUCCAGCUCACCCUCCGAAGGGUGCGUCGAGUUCUACUCCCAACCUCAGUCCAGCCGGCCCUCCGUGCCUUCACAGUCUCCCGCCUUGGACCAAUCCCGAUCCCAGUCCCAGCAACCUUCUCCUCCAGCCGCGUCUUCGGGAGGUAUCGAGCUCGUCAUGGACCUCAACAUGAACGCUGCAACCUCUCUCCCAAGGCGGCACCGUCCACGGACCGAAACUCAGCGCCAGCGAUACCUGGCUGUCCGCAACCACGGAGCCUGUGAGAAGCAUAAGAAGCAACACAAGCGGUGUACGUGCAUCGAUAAGGCAAUUCCUCUCACUGCAUCGCCCUCCUCUCAGGCAAGCAUCCAUGCCAGCGCAGACGUCAGUGCUACUGGUUCUGGUGUCAAGAGCGGCAAGGCUGUCCGCAAGACAUCGUCACUUCGGCGUGUUCCUGGCGCCCGUGGCGGUCGUGACUCCCUCUCACCCACGUCCGGAGAGGAUAUCUGGCCAGGACUUUGCCAUAAUGGCGAGGCCCUGGUUAGAACCAACAAACAUAUGAGCACCGUGAAGAAUGGGGCUGGCGAGACCGGUAUCUCGACCCAGUCUCUACAGCAGCAAGGCGGACUUGAUCAUAGCCACGGACCUGGCCAUGAUAUAGGCAAUUCGCAUGACAAGGGCCUGUCACGCCACAGAGGAGCCUCUGGCGAUGGUGUCUCUACUUUGCCGGCAAACACUGGCCGCAAGAGAGGCGCAACUGCGCUCUCGGGAGUCCUGGAUAAGAACUCCUGUAUCCACUCUCGCCCAGUACAGGGCAGGAGUCUAGCGGACUACAACUCUCGUUGUCAGAACAACGGAGUAUUCGUCAACACUACCAAGAAAACUCUUCUUAACCGAGACCAGAGCCAUCCUACUGUCAAGAAUUCCUCCUUGCUUGUGUUCCCCGAUGGAACGAUGAAUAGCGGCCCAUCCUUCUUUGGCCAGUUGCCGAAGAAUACUCAGAAGAAAUCUAUAUGUGGCACGAACGGACUACAACACACGUCGUGCGUGCAUGAUUGGAACUCUCGCGGCGAGAGACAGAAACCGCUGAAUAGCGUUAAAUGCAACCGCGACGGCUGCCAUUUGAAAUCAUCGUCAGCAAUGACCAAUGAUUAUCGUGCCCACAUAUUGACCCACCUUCCGCCCAACGUACACCUAGCACUUCCCCAUACUGCCUAUCCAAGUAAUACUCGCGAUGGAUACCUCGAAUCAACGCCGUCUGUUCUUCGUCGACCACCCGGCUCUACCCUUUCUCCCGCGUACCCCGGCCUACGGUGGUUCAUACGAGCAUGCAACCACCAGAUGCUGUCACACUCGAAACGUAUCACCCUUUACCAGCGUGAAUAUGCACUUUGGUGCGUCAUAUGGGUGACGAUACUACUAUUGUCAACUCUUUUCAAAGGUGCUUUGGUAUAA